GCUGCGGUAAAAAAAAAAGUUAGCAGGGCUUCACGAUGUAGGUUAGCAACAUUGCCGCUCCAGCGUGGUCGCCCGCCAGGUUAACAUAACCCCCUGGAUUUACAUCUCUAUCUAUAUUUAAACUGAAGCUAGAAAAAUUAAUAUCCCCACUCACACGCAUUUUUAUGCCACGGUGCCGUCCGUAAUGUGCCGUUUUAUCUUGGGACUAUUCGCCUCCCAACUUCAGUAAGUUGACGUUAGCACGCUGGCUAGCUCGCAGUGUCGAUGAGCAGAGCGGAGGCAUUUUUCACUGACAUGAAAACUCGACGAGGUAUGAUUUCUCGGUAAAUAACGCUGGAGGUACCGUUAGCUUAGCACGUUACGCUGUGUGUUUGGGCACCAUGCUUCUGCGGAUGUGUGGGGAAUGGCGAACAUUGAGACUUCACUGCAGCCGUGUCGCCAUCAGUCAAUCACUUGGACUGUUAAAAUAAAACGAAUUUAAGGCUGGCUUCCUGUUCGUCAGUUUCUUGUUCGAAUGUUCCCGUUCCACCUUAAAAUGUGCAGCACUUACAUUCUGGUGUCUGUAACUGCUGCACCAUUUAAGGUGGACCGGGAAAUUUCCAGCAAUAAGCCGACGAAUAAAAAGCUGACCGCAGCUCCGUCAAAAACAGAGACAAUGGAGCUGAUCAGCAAGCAGAGGCUUGACUCAGCAAGCCAAGAUUCAUCAGUCGGCCCUUAAGCAAAGAUCUAAGAGGCUUUUACCUUCUUUAACCAUUUUGUUUUUCCCUCCCCCUACCCCUUACCUUUAUUAGCCUGCAUUCCUUCCUUCCAUCUGCCUCCCCCCUCUGUAUUCUAUUCUUUGUCUUUUGUCUCUUCCUUACCUUGCUGCAUGCUUAGUUUCUCUUUUGCUACACUGCUUCCCUGGUGUUUUCUACUUUUUCUCCACACGUUUUCUUUCUCAACUCCUACUGUCUGAGGUCCAAAGUGGCCCUUUUCCCACCGUCUGGAUUUUUACUGAAUUCCUGCAUUCCCAAAUCCCUCCCUACACACACACACACACACACACACACACACACCCACACACACCCACCCACCAUGAGGAAACAGACUCGUCGUGUUUUACUGGCCUGUAUGGUCAUCAGCUCAAUCACAGUAUUUUAUCUCAGUCUUGGUGCCAUAGAAUGCCCAAACACAAGGUCUCGGGGUACAUGGGGUGCAAGCCAACAACUUCACAGGAAUCUUAGUUACCCCUUGCCAGUUCCUGUAGAAUACAGUGAACACAGUCCUCUAAUUUUUGUCGGUGGGGUACCUCGUAGCGGUACCACUUUAAUGCGGGCCAUGCUGGAUGCCCACCCUGAGGUGCGUUGUGGAGAGGAGACCCGUGUCAUCCCACGUCUGUUAGCCAUGCAGGCCACCUGGAGCCGCUCGGCCCGUGAGAGGGUCCGCCUGGAUGAAGCUGGUGUUACAGACGAGGUUCUGGACUCAGCUAUCCGUGCCUUCCUGCUGGAGAUCAUUGUGGGUCAUGGUGAACCUGCACCGCGGCUGUGUAACAAAGACCCUUUUUCUCUGAAAUCCCUUACAUACCUCUCCAAACUUUUCCCCAAUGCCAAAUUUGUGCUAAUGCUUCGUGAUGGCCGGGCCACAGUUCAUUCCAUGAUCUCACGCAAGGUGACCAUCACAGGAUUCGACUUGAGUAGUUACAAGGACUGUUUGGUGAAAUGGAACCAAGCCGUAGAGGUCAUGUACGACCAGUGCCAGGCUGCUUCAGAGAGGAGCUGUCUGCCUGUGCACUAUGAACAGCUGGUGCUGCAUCCAGAACAAGUGAUGCGAAAGCUGCUGCAAUUCCUGGAUCUUCCCUGGGACCCGUCAGUGCUGCACCAUGAGCAACUCAUUGGGAAAGUUGGAGGGGUGUCGCUGUCAAAAGUUGAACGGUCAACAGACCAAGUUGUCAAUCCAGUGAAUACAGAGGCCCUGUCUAAGUGGGUGGGCAAAAUUCCAGAUGAUGUGGUGAAGGACAUGGCUGACAUUGCACCAAUGCUAAGACGCCUUGGUUAUGACCCUCUAGCCAACCCUCCAGACUAUGGCAAGCCAGACCCCUUACUACUGAACAAUACUAAACAGAGUGAUGGAGCACCAUCUAUGGAGCCCUGGAGGGGACGAAGGACUCUGGGAUCUUUGGGAUGAGUUGAAGAGGCAUUUGUGAUCCAAAACUAAUUAUCCAACAUCAGCACCUGACCUCAGUAAUGUGCAUACGGCUGAAAGCUAUCAAAUCCACACACUUCAGGGAGGCAAAGCAAACACAGAUGUGUUUCAUCCCAGCUAAUCCAACAUGGAAGACCUGAUUCACCUUUCACGAACUGUUGAAUGCUGCCUUAGAUGUGUAUGUAGGAAGCAGACACAAGACGUUACACUGAAAUUUCGUCCUAUGUGUUGGCCCUCCCUGCCUAUGAAUGACUGGUGCAUUUGAAAACAUGUUCACAAAAUAUUAAGCCAAACAGCCUGUUGGCCAGUACCGUAAUUUGUUUUAAGUGUCUUGAAGGAAGAAAAUAAAUUUAUUAAAAAUUCUUAUUUUAAGAUUA